UACUCAGACAUGUUCAUCUAUCGUUUGCUUCCAACGACCGAACAUCUCCUGUUGCAGUGCGGUGAUAUAAUACCUCACUACUGUUUUCAUCCACUCUUUUCUUCUGGAGCAGACAAACCCUCGUUAGAGGAUUAACAAUGCCUGGAAAUAAACGACAGGUUAUCGUGAUUGGAGGGGGCAUCAGCGGUAUGUCUGCUGCCAAACUACUUCACGAUCAGAAUAUAGAUGUACUGGUACUGGAGGCACGGGAUAGAGUCGGCGGCAGGACACACACGGUUAGGAACGAUAAAGUUAAGUAUGUGGACAUCGGAGGGUCUUACGUGGGACCAACUCAGAACAGAGUCAUCCGGCUAGCUGAGGAACUGGGCAUCCAGAACUACAAGGUCUUCGACGAAGAUGCCGCUCUACUCUCUCUCAAUGGGGGACGUAAGAAGUACUACUCCAGCAUGCCCACCUCCUACAACCCCUUCGUCAUGAUGGAUAUUAUACAUUUCUGGAAGCAAGUCGAUAUACUCGGAGAACAGAUUCCAGUCGAUGCACCAUGGAAUUCAGUCAUGGCCGAAGAAUGGGACAACAUGACUACAUCUGAAUGGUUGGAUAAGAUCUGCUGGUUCUCCUAUACCAAGAAGGUGGCCGAGGCCUUUGCCAGGACUGUCUUUGCGACGGAAACUCAUAACAUGUCCCUUCUCUUCUUCCUUUGGUACGUCAAGAAUGGUGGAGGAAUAUACAGAAUCAUUUCAACAGAAAAUGGGGGUCAGGAAAGGAAGCUGAUUGGGGGCUCCCAGCAAAUUAGCGAAGGAAUAGCAGAUAGACUUGGAGAUGAAAACCUUCACCUCGAGCAUCCAGUAAAAUCUAUAUCACAGGAAGGAACAGGAAUCACUCUCACAACAGUCAGUGGCAAGACAUUUGAGGCAGACUAUGUAAUAAGCGCAGUACCUAUGGCUCUGCUUGGAAAGAUGUCAUUCAAUCCUCCACUAUCACCACUCAAGAAUCAGCUCAGCCAAAGAAUUCCAAUGGGAUCGUGUAUCAAGACGAUGACGUACUAUGAAAGACCUUUCUGGAGAGGUUUAAGCUUCUCAGGUUUCAUCUUGACUGAUGACAUCGUAGCUGCUACCAUUGACGAUACCAAACCCGAUGGGAGCCUUGCUUGCCUUGUUGGAUUUGUCAACGGAAAAUUCGCCAGGAAAUACUCAUCAGCAUCCGAGGAAGAAAGGAAAAUGCUAGUGGCCAAGUGCUAUGCCAAAGUAUUCGGGAGUGACGAAGCAUUGAGACCAACAAAUUAUGUGGAGAAGAAUUGGAUGGAGGAAGAAUACAGCGGAGGAUGCUACAUGGGAGCCACGCCUCCUGGUGUACUGUCCAUAUAUGGCAAGGUGAUGAGAGAGCCAGCAGGUCAGGUGUACUUUGCCGGGACUGAAACGGCCAACCAUUGGUCUGGUUACAUGGAAGGAGCCGUCCAGGCUGGGGAGAGGGCAGCCAGAGAGGUUCUCCACGCUCAGGGCAAGAUAAAGAAGCAAGAUAUCUGGCAAGUGGAGCCUGACAAUCCAGAUUGGCCCUACACCAAAUUCGAGAUGAGCUUCUUAGAGAGAAUGGCGCCCUCUAUCAGUGGUCUGCUUGGCUGUGUCGGUACGUGUGCAACAGGUCUCCUUGUCGCCGGCCUGGGCGUUAUGUACAACGACCAAAUCCGAAGUUUCCUUGGAAAGUAAGACAAAUUUUCCUACGGAAUUGGGAGAAAAAGCUGAAUGACAAUUUAAAGCUGGGUGGUGAAUAAUGACUUCAAAAUACAUCAAACUAUGAUAUUCGAUUCAAUUUCAGUUCAAAUAAAACAAACAUUUACUUUCAUCUAUAAUUUUUAUUUUCA